GCCGAUCGAGCGGUCGGUCGAUCGCGUUUCGCGAGCGCUUGCCGUGCGCGGGGCGGCGGGCCAGGCGGUCGGGGAGGCCCCGGUGGGCAGCGAGCGGGCGGAGGAUGCCGUGGGUGCUGGUGGCCCUGGGCGUGUGCGCCGCCUACUUCGCGCUGCUGGACGGGUGGUACCUGGCGCGCGUGGCGUGGGCCGUGGUGCGGGCCCGGCUGCUGCAGCCGGCGGUGCGGGACCCGCUGCAGGAGCAGCGGUUCUGCGGCCGGGUGCUGCCGUCCGACCUGGACCCGCUGCUGCACAUGAACAACGCGCGCUACGCGCGGGAGGCGGACGUGGCCCGCGCGUCGCACCUGGCGCGGUGCGGGGUGCUGGGGGCGCUGCGGGCGCUGGGGGCCCGGGCCGUGCUGGCCGCCUCCUGCGCGCGCUACCGCCGCUCGCUGCGCCUGCUGGAGCCCUUCGAGGUGCGCACCCGCCUGCUGGGCUGGGACCGCCGCGCCUUCUACCUGGAGGCCCGCUUCGUCAGCGCCCGCGACGGCUUCGUCUGCGCCCUCCUGCUCUGCCGCCACCACGUCCUGGGCAGCACCCCGCAACGGGUGCUCAGCUACCUGGCCGACGGGAAGCAGGUGGAGUCCCCGGAGCUGCCCGAGGACCUGCAGCACUGGAUCAAGUACAACGAUGCCAACAGCCAGAAGCUGAGAGCCGAGAGCGGCCUGGAGCGAACCAAAGAUCAGUAACUCCCUCCUCUCCCUCCUCCUCCCGCACCCCAUGGCCCCCUCGCACGGCAGCGCUGGAGCCGCAACCUUCUUGGCAGUUCUUCCCUGUCCAGGUAGUCCCUGGGUACUUGCUCAAAACCCUUGGCCCUCCUCCUCCUCCUCCUCCACCUCCUGCUCCUCCUCCUCCUCCUCCUCCUCCUCCUCCUCCUCCUCCUCGGCCCCUGUUCUCACCAAUGCCCCAGGCUAGACCAGUAGAAUGGGGAGGGGAGCUGGAGGAGAAAGGACCAAAGAGACGGGUCCCCCAGACUGGCAGCAAGCAGUUUUGGGCCCCCGCCAGGUCUGCCCUGCCCAGCCUGUUCUUCCCUGGUGUUGCUUCUGCUUGGGAAGAAGUGGGGCACUCUGGGACCAGGUCUGCACCCCGAGGGGGCCAUCCGGCCACCGCCAAGGAACCUGGCCGCCUGUUUCUACAAAGAUGGGGUUUUAAGUCUCUAAUGGCAUUGGUUGUUUGGGGGUUUUUUUCCAUAAGGUUCACAGAUGUCAGGAAGAAUAGUAGAGGGUGUGGGCUGCGUUUCCAAGCUGUCCUCCACAGGGGCCAGGGUAAAACAUAGCACCCCCCGACUGAGGUGCUUGGAGGGAGCUGGUGCUCCCAGCUGCCCUCUCCGCCCCAGCCUCUGAGGGGACCAGUUAAAGGGCAGGUGUUGAGGGUGGGCACCAGACUGGGCCUCUGUAGUUUCCCGACCAGAGGAGAGCGUGGUGUCUAUUCUGAUCUUGCUCUUUAUCUUGUCUCCACACCCUUCCCCCUAUCUGUGGCCCACCACAACCACUUCCCUCUGGCCGUUCUCUCUUCUCCAUCACGCCCUCCCUCGUCAGAGCCUCCUGCAGGAGAGGGGAGUUUUGCCACUUGCUCCUUCCUCAGCCACACCGACAAACCAGACCUAGCAGAACCCGGCCCUGAGCUUUUGCUCGGGGAGAAGGCGUGGGCAGGGGCUAUUCGGGCAAAACUCCCCUAGCCCUUUGGCACAGAGUCUGUAGUGGGAGGAGCCCUCAGGCUCACUCUACUCGGCUUGAGCCUAGAUGAGCCUGAAGGCCCUCAUCCUCCUGGACAUGAUCCCUGAAGGGGAUCUGAUUCCAAGCUACUUGGUUUGGGGAGGCUUUGUGAUUGUGAGUUGCCCGGCUGCGGGGGAGGCGUGGCGCUAAGCAUCCCAUUCCCCCUCCUGCUCCCUAACGACCCCCAGUCCCUGGAGACCCAGGCUGCUGCUAAUCAGCUACAUCUUUCAGUUCCUUGUAAAGUUCUGGCGCUGCCCCCCUCUUGUGCUUUAUCCCCCGCCAAAUGUCCUUGCUCUUCAGAAAUAAAGGGAGAAGUGUCCUAUGUGGGGCCCUGAGUUGGGGUGGAGAAAGGGCUCUGGGCUGAGACCUCCAGGUUGGGGUGAAGGAGAACAAAGGCAGGGCUAGGGGAGCAGAGGCAUAGAGAGUCCCCCACUGCCUGGCCUCUGGCCUGGCCGGAGAGAGAGGGUGGUGUCCGGCUGUGGCACAAGCCUGGGAGAGAGCGGGGACAGGUUCUGGG